UCAAGUGUACCGGAUUGUUCAAUUUGAGAUGGAACAUAUGAGAUCACAUUUGAACGGAAGAGGAAGAUGCAGUGUCAACAGCGUCUGUGAAGAAGUGAAAGAACCUUCGUUGUAGUGGUAAACGACAGCUAGCCGCGUUACCUGAAGCGAUUUGGUUGUUUACCUGAAGCAAUUACACGUUGGACUUGUUCGAAAAUCAUGGCGGAAAGCUCGGAAGUUUCGGACCGUAGGAGUGAGUCUUACAAGAGUGAAGAUACGGGCACUCCUCGAGACAAGAGGAUUUUGUUCGGAGCGGCGCUGCUUUUAAUACUGCUCCUCAUUUUACUCGGGGCUUUCGUACACGGUGGAUCUACACAUGAAGGGCCUCGUGCUUCAACCGAGCAGACUAGCGGAGGAGAAAAAUCGCCAUCGUUCACCUCAUCCAGCCCGACCCCGGGAAUCACGUCAGAUGCGGUCGAUAGUUCUACUCGCAAGGAAAAGCCCGAAACAUCUCCACCAUUCACAUCAUCCAUCCCCCAUCCGACACCCAGCACGACACCCAGCAAGAUACCAGUAAUGACGACAACUGGUCACCCAGUUGUAGCCAAAACCGACCUGCUCCUGUGUGCAAUAUCAGAAAAACUGGACCGACCCAUUUUCCCACCGGAUGGGUCGUGUAGCCUGCUCUAUUUAAUGGUCCAUGCCACAGCUAACGGUCUCACAUAUUCGGGGGCCGAAGGGCAUACUAUAUUCCAAGCAUUCCUUCGACAUAGUAAAAAGGCCAAAAAAACCCAGUACGGUCUUGAUUUCCAGCACAAUCUGAUCGCCGACAGCAGAAAACACCUCAAAAAGCAAGUCGUGGCGGGAUUCAAGAACUUUGGUGUUCUCACGCUGACAUUGUGGAAGAAUUGGACAGAGGAAAAUGAACUUUCCACAACGCUUCUCAAUGAUUUGCGGACGUUCACAGACAACUCCAAGGUAGCCCUCGGCGUCAGUUGCGAGGGAGCGGCAUCGGACGACCCAGCAGUACGGUUCGUACUUGAGAAUUUGAUCAGGACAGAAGGUAUCAGAAUUCUCACCAGCAGACCACGGUAUAAGUACUCGAGUUCCUGGAACAACCUGAGAGGGUCCACGGCCUCACUCUGGGACAUGUUGUUCACACGUCUUACUGAAUUGAGGAUGGGAGCCAGAAACAGCAGGUGCACGCUGUAGGCGGAAAUGAAGCAUGAUUUGGCUUGCAUCUGGUCAUGAAGAAAUUGCUGACACGUUAGUUGCAGUACACCUCCACCAACAGGGUGGAAAACAAAGGUCGCCAUUCCGAUUUGCUUCUAUCUCCCAGUUCAAUCACUUUUGCUGGCUGGACACUGGUCCCUGUGGAUGGGGUGUUACAAGCUUCACUGUCUGAUAUAGAAGUGAUGAGCAUCCAUAAGGACACUUGCCAGGAAGGGAGUCUCUUUGGGAUGACAAACCCUCAUCACCUCAUGAGGAUACAAUGGUUGACAAAUGGUUCUCAAGCACAUCGAAACUUCCAACAAAUAAUUCAUGAAAAAGCCAGUCAGUGCUAGCACCAGGAAUUGAACGUGGCCCGGGGGGGGGGGGGGGGCUCCAGCCCCCCCCCCUACCUGCCACGGACCGACCCACACAAAUCGUGCAAAUCCGAAAACAUAUAAUAUAUGGGGGGGGGGGGGACCAGUGUGACUAUCGCGAAAGUUCUUGCAGUUCAUGGCGUCUAUCUAAGAAGCACCCUUGAAUGGUUUUCAAAGUAUGAGCUUUUCAAAAUACUUCCAAUCUCGUGACACCACUUCAUUGGUCAUGACAGCCUAUACAUGUAAUCGUACUAUGAACGUCUAAAUCAACUAUUUUCGUUCCCUUUUUUAAUCCUCAGUUUGCAAUGUGCACAAGUAUGUGUGUGUUGUCGACACAGGAUAAGCGGGGUGGGGGGGUUUCGUAUCGAGCCCCCCCCCCCCCCCCUACCUUUGAGGUCUGGCUACGCCACUGGAGAUGUUACAUUUCAGGUGCUCAUUGACUUUUGGUGAAUUACUUGUUGACUUUGUCCCAAGGUGGAGCUCGCUACAGCUCAUUUGCUAUCUGUUAAUGUUGUGGCGUGUGUUGCGUUUUUCUCUUUGUGUGUUCCAGACUCAGACCGGUUAAUUUAAAUCAGGUCAGGUCAGGUCAGGUACGUUUCAUUUAAACAUGGCAAACAUAAAGUGGUGUUUCUCAACACAACUUAGCAGUGGUCUUCAUGCAUUACUGCUACGGCCAUUAAGCGUGAAUAGAAACCUGCACAUUAUCCAU